AGUGUGUGUUGGUGUGUGUGUGAGACUGAGUACAGCUCAGCGGGCGAGACGAGCAGAAAGCUGAGGAAGACUCCCGUGACUUCCUCCCUCCUUCCACCUGUAUGACUCCGUGAGGAUAAAGCGACUCAGCCAUGGAGAGCUCCGUCGAGGCUUCCCCAAUCGGAGGUUCCCUGACAAACAAACCGGCGCUGGCCCCCAAGCCUCGGCUGGCCCCCAAACCCUUCUCCCUGCAGCAAAACGCUUCCAUUCGCUCCAUCCAUGCUCCAAAGAGCAGCCCGACUACAUCUAAGCCAGCAAGAAAAGUUGAGGCUGCGGGCGUCUCCAAGUCCACUCCAAGCACUCCCGCUCCAAAAGCACCUCUGCCAAAAUCCGCCUCGGGUCCUAAACCCAGCCCUGUGAGUGCAGCCGCCAAAGCACAGCCGACGCCGACCAAAGCCAGUCAGCCCAGUGAUCUGACCUCACAAACCACUCCAUCUAAGGAGACACCCAAAUCAGCACCAAACCACACCGUAGCUAUUGUGGAUACUUCAGAGAAGAAACCCAACAACACAGAAGCUGACCAAACAUCGGCUCCCAAAGUCCAAAACCAAGAAGAAUCCGGUAGUGAUGGGUCGUCCACGGCCUUGCCGAUGCAUCACCUGGGCAGCGUUAGGAAGCGUCUUCCUGCAGCACUCACCUCCAUGUUUGAGUCAGGUGGUCCGCCUCCAGUCCCCAAACCUAUAAUAAACAACACCAGAGAUACUUCAAGUAAGCCGGUGUCUUCCAGCCCAGAGAAGAGCAAGGAAACACCGGAACCAUCGAACAAAGAGAGGGAUGAACCCGAAGUGAAGGAGGAUUACACCGGAGGGAACAGUAUAAAACGCAGAAUUAGUCUCCUGUUUGACUCGUCUUCGAGGCCCGAGGCUGUGGCGAAGACGGAGGAGCCGGCGCUCGUGAACGGAAGUGGAGAUGUGAAGGAACGAAUCAAAAACUGGGCUGCCGAAGCCAGCUCCGAGGCAGAGAGGGAGCCUCAGGUUGUACCUCGAGCUCGCACCAGGAGCUUUGAGCGUGCAGCCUCCCCAGUUGCGGAGCCGUCGUCCGGUCAGCCUGCGCAUCCACUUUCAAAGCCGUCGCCUGCCGAACAGCCAUCGGCACAUCAGACGGAGGCAUCUUCCAAGGCACCGGAGGAGCCGAGCAAUUCAACACAAAGCGUCGAGCGACGGCCUUCUCUUCGCCGGGCCGAUGACGGUGACCUGGCUGUUACUGAAAGCGCUGAACGCGUACCAAGUAGAAGCAACGUCAAGCGUCGUUCUGUUCGGUUCGGUACAGUGGAGAGAGAUGAUGGAGGACCGCCAGUGGUAUUGGGCUCGGCGUCGGAAUCCAGCUCAGAAGAAGAAGAUAAUGAUGAGACUCACGAGGAUGACGCUAAGCAGGAGGUCCCGGUCUCAGUGCCGGCCUACACAAGAGUGUCGCUCCUGCAGAGGAAGGAUGAUGAGACCAAAAACGAAGAGGAGAGACUGAAACACGAGGAAUUCGAAAAGAGGCGGAGAGCAGAGGAGCAAGAACAGGCGAGAUUCAAGUUAGAAGAGGAGAUUAGACUGGAAAGAGAAAGAGAAAACGAAAGGGCGAGAGAGAGGGAAGAGCUGAGGCUGAGGGAGGAGGAAAAACAAAGGGAGAUGCUAAAGGAGCAGGAGGAACAUGAAAGGCGGAGAAAGGAGGAAGAAGAGGAAAGAGAGAGGGCAUGGUCGAGGGAAGAAGAGGCGGAAAGGGAGAGGCAGAAAGAGUUGAUGUAUCAGAGACAGAGAGAGGAGGAGAGAGAGAGAGCGAGGCAGAUGGAGGAAAAACUUAAACAAGAUCAGCUGGAAAGGCUGAAGGAGGAGGAAAGAAGGCAGGAGAGGUUGAGGGAGGACAGAGAAAGACAGAGGCAGGAAGAGGAGGAAAGAGAGAGGGCUCGGCAGGCGGAGGAGAGGGAGAAGGAAAGGUUAAGACAGGAGGCUGACGAAAGAGAGAGGGCGAGGCGCAGGAGGCUGGAGGAGGAAGAGUGGAUGCGGGAUCGACUGAGGCGGGAGGUGGAGGAGGAGAGAAGGAGGAUGGACUUGGAGAGAAAAAUGCAACAGGAAAAAGAGGACGAAAUGGAGAGAAUGAGGCAAAUUCAGAGAGAAAGGGAAGAGGAGCUGGAAAGAAGAAAGAAAGAGGAGAUGGAGCGAGGGAUGCUGAUAGAAAAGAGAGAGGAUGAGCUGAGGAGGCAAAUGGAGAGAGAGAGAAUCGAGGAGUUGGAAAGAAGGAUAAAAGAGGAGGAGAUGGAGCGACUGAGACUGAUAGAAAAACACAGAGAGGAUGAGAUAAAGAGGAAAAUCGAGAGAGAGAGGAUGGAGGAGUUGGAAAGAAGGAUAAGAGAGGAGGAGAUGGAGCGACUGAAGCUGAUCGAAAAACAGAGAGAGGAGGAGAUAAACAGAAAGAUUGAAAAAGAAAGAGAGGAGGAGAUGGAGCGAAUGAGACUGAGAGAAAAGCAGAGAGAAGAGGAGAUAAGACGACAGGUUGAGAGAGAAAGGAUGGUGGAGUUAGAAAGAAGGAAAAGAGAGGAAGAGAUGGAGAGACUGAGGCAAAUAGAGAAAGAGAGAGAGGAGGAGAUAAGAAGACAGGUUGAGAGAGAGAGAAUGGAAGAAAUGGAAAGAAGGAAAAGAGAAGAGAUGGAGAGACUGAGGCAAAUAGAGAAAGAGAGAGAAGAGGAGCUAAGGAGGCAAAUUGAGAGAGAGAGGAUGGAGGAGUUGGAAAGAAGGAUAAGAGAGGAGGAGAUGGAGAGACUGAGGCUGAUAGAAAAACAGAGAGAGGAGGAGAUCAAGAGAAAGGUUGAGAGAGAGAGGAUGGAGGAGAUGGAAAGAAGGAUAAGAGCGGAGGAGAUGGAGAGACUGAGGCAAAUAGAGAAAGAGGAGACGGAGAAGAGAUUGCGAGAGGAAAUGUUGCAGAUAGAGGAGGAGCGGCGGAGAAGGGAGAGUUGGUUGAACGACAGGCAAAGUGAGAAUCCAGUGGACAGAACAGAGUCAAGCCUGACCCGCUUUGACUCUGAAGAUGUGGAUCAGAGGUCAAAGUCCCCACGUUUGUCCCAAUCCACAGGGAAUCCUACUGAUAACUAUGAUGACUUCUCUGUCAAGAAGCCGGUGGCCGAGGUCGUUUAUGAUGAUUUUUCAGUCAAGCCAAGACUUCGGGGCUCCCGGAAAAAAACGGAAGCUACUCCAGUCACCCAGAGCUGGGCAGCUGACACUUCGGAUAAAGAGGAGACGCUGGUGCCGCUCGAUGUCAGACCUCAGGAAAGCAAAGCACCAGAGUGGACGGAAAAAACAGACAGCACCAUGCUGACGCCAACGUCCAGGGAUCUGGAGGUGGAGGUGAAGAAGGCGAGAGAGGAGCCAGUAAGAAAACGCGUUUGCUUCUCAGACGUGGAGGAAGUGAUCGGCGUUCAGGAGGUGGAGGAUGAAGAUGAAGAUGAAGGCCAGCAAGAGGCGCAGGUUGGCAGCUACCAUACAAAUGUUGAAGACAGGGACACGAACGCUUUGAUCGACAGUGAGCCGGACAAGCAGGAGGAGGAGGAGGAGACAGCCGUCUCUGAACAACCACGACCAAGUGAAAGUCCACAGUCUGUCCAUGAUGAAGCCCCUGACCUCUCAGAGGAUCCAGAUCCCUCUUACUUUCAGAGAGAACCAGAGUUACCUUCGUUUCCUGAGAAUACCGCUCCUCUCCUCGAUACCAGUGCACAGAGAUCCAGGGUGGAGCUGGGCAAGAGGCGCAGUCGAUCGCGUCCGACACGCUCGUUCCGUGUGAACACGGAUCAGACAGAAAGACGAGACUGGAGAACACAUGACACCACAGAUGAGAACCAGACGAAGCCACAGGAGUUGGACUCCGAGGAUGAAAAUAAAUCGAAGCUGUCCUCUUCUCCCCCUUCUCAAAGAGUGGCAGCUUUUCCUGGUGUGAGUCCAGCAGCAUUGAUUGCUCAACUGAAAAAGAGGACAGCUGCAGCAGGGAGUGGAGCAGGAGAGGAAGCAGAAGCAGAAAAGGCAGCGGAGGAAAAGGAAAAUCAACAUGAGGGAGUGGCGCCGUCUCCCUCGCAGCUCUUGCGCUCACCUCGUUCGGCCGCUCAUCUCGCCGGGGCCGCACGGGUUCUGCCACCCAUCGGCGGGAAGGACGGAGGCGCCAGCUCCUCGCCAGCCUGGCUGAAAGAGCUGAAGUCAAAGAAGCGUCUGAGUCAGUAUGAUGGCGAUGCUUAGCAAGAAGACACUGAGUGGGAAACCAAUCCAUCUCAGCCUCCACCAUCGCCGCCGCUGCUGCUGACAGACACCUUGACAUGAUUGCUCCAUUUUGUGCUUUGAGUGCCUUUUUUGUGGACCGCCACUGAGACUUAAAGGAGAGCAAUUCAAGCUUUUACUGAGCACAGAGACAUUCAAGAACUUUUAUAUCUUCCAAGUGACAUCUGGUGCCGAGGCUGAGGCCACGGCACAUCAGUGCCAAGUACAUGUUUUAUCAAGUGUUGUAUAGCGGCUGUAGAGUGGAGGGUAAGCAAGAAGAUGUAAUUUACAGCAAAGCCAUGGACUUUCUGAUAUUAUGAUUGUGUGACUGGGACUGAUGACACUUGGCCUUUAACAGAACACUCAAACAUUCAUGCCUUUCAAUAGUUUUUUUUUUAGGAUACUUGAUGUUGAUGUAAUGCUUUACCUGUUCCCUUGUCCUGCAACCAAAAGCUAAGGUAGGUAACACUGGAGAUGACAGCAAAGAAAAGCUAAAAAGCUAGGUCUGAAAUGUUUAGAAACAUCCAACUGAGAGAAAUCUCACCUCCUCCCAGGACUACCUCUAAUGCACACCUCCUCAAAUAAAGUGAGAUGUUAUGUUUCCUUCAGGCAACAGCACCCCUCCGUACGCCCACCAUCCAACACCCACACAAACCAGACACUUACCUGCGAAGCAGAAACACAGUAAUUAACAGCUUCACUGCUCAUUCCCUUCAGCUCCACAAGUUUUUUUUGCUUAAAAAAAAAUCUCUUUGGUGUCCAUCUUGGUUUGUCCUCUUACUUUUUUUUCAAGAUGUUUCUGUCUUUACAUCCAUACAUCUUUGCUUCAUCCAAUAUAAAGUUGUGCUCUUUACUUGGGCCUUUUCUAUCUGGAGCUGGAGACAAUGCAGGGAACACACCCCUCCAUUCAGGUCCAACAACGCAAUCACCCACAUAUAUUCACACCUCGGCGCAAUAAAGAGUCAUCGGUCAAUGUAACCUAACAAGUAAAUGCUUGGAUUUUUGGAGGAAGCCAGUGCGCCCGCAAUAAGACAGUAAACACAGGAAGAGACGGGUUCAGAAUCUAAUCUGAGUCUUGUCGCUGUGAUGAGGAGUUCUCACCAUCUAACCGCAUUUUAUUUUGAAUGAAAAGCCUCUAUAAUACAUUUAUAAGCCUAAAUUUGUAUAUAAUUACUGAAAAUAUAAAAUGCAUCAUUGCGUGUAUUAACCUGUACAAAAUCCCUUUCACAUCAGGUAACCCAUCACGAGUCUUCUCAAAGCAAGCUUGAAGCACUUUAAAAUCAUCGUCCAUACUGCCCAACUAAGCAACAGUGUCAUCAAGUGACAAUUAAAAUUUGUACAUUUUGUUUUCUAUACCCCAUCAGCAUGUUUCUCCUCUUCCCAUAAAUACUGCCUGAUUUUAUAAAUGCAAUCAGUAUCUGGUAUGAACAUCCGCGGCGAGCUGUGAGUCCAUUUUUAUAACAGUACAUGUGUCUUGUAAAGUCUUUGACCUGAAAAAGUCUGCCUGAAUUUCUUUUAUGUGCCUUUAAAAUGUUCGAGAAUGAAUUUUGUAAAUCUGUAAUCUUUUAUGAUCAAACUCUGUAUGUUGAGGAAACUGAGGGGAUUUUAAUAAAAGUUUUUUUUAUUAAAAAAUAUUGUGUA